AUGGCCUCUUAUAGGCCUUUCCCUCCUCCGCCGGCGAGUCAAAACCCUAUCGCACAACCACCACAACCACCACUGCAUCCGAGAGGUGGUAAUAAUAAUUGGGGUGGUUACGGUUACAGUGGUGGUGGUGAUUCGUCUACUUCAUUCCCUCAAAUACCUCCUAAUUCAAAUUAUCAACAUCAUCACCAUCAUCAUGCUCCUCCACCUCCACCACCUUCAAAUUACUAUCCAUAUCCACCACCACCACCUCCGCCUCCUGAUAAUUCAUAUCAGCCACCGCCGCCACCACCGUCAGCUCCUAUGUAUUAUCCUUCUAACAAUCAAUAUAAUCAUCAACAACCACCACCUCCGCCUCCUCCUUUGUCACCGGGUUCUUCCAUGCCACCUCCACCUCCUCCUCCUCCUCCAACCUCCCCGCCUCCCCUUUCUCAUAACAACGAUGAAAGAGCAAUCAACAAAGGGUCAUCUGGCAGGCGUGACGGAGUUUCACAUAGACAGCAGCAAAAGUCUUCUCAUCCGCAUCCUCCAAGGAAGGUUGAGACGGAUGAAGAGAAGAGGAUGAGGAAGAAGAGGGAGUUUGAGAAACAAAGGCAAGAUGAAAAACAUAGGCAGCAGAAGAAGUUGAAGGAAUCACAGAAUAGUGUUCUGCAGAAGACUCAGAUGGCGUCAUCUGGGGGGACUGGAAAGGUGCAUGGUUCUAUUGCGGGGUCUCGAAUGGGAGAGAGGAGAACUACUCCCUUGUUGAGCAGCGAGAGGGUUGAAAAUAGAUUGAAGAAGCCGACCACUUUUUUGUGUAAGCUCAGAUUUCGAAAUGAGCUUCCGGAUCCAACUGCACAACCUAAGUUAAUGGCAUUCAAGAAAGAUAAAGAUCAAUAUGCAAAAUAUACAAUCACGUCUCUGGAGAAAACGUACAAACCCAAACUUUUUGUGGAGCCUGAUCUUGGGAUACCUCUGGACCUGCUUGAUCUCAGUGUUUACAAUCCUCCUAAUGUCCGCCCGCCUCUUGCUCCAGAAGAUGAAGAUUUAUUGCGAGAUGAUGAAGCUGUGACUCCUUUGAAAAAAGAUGGUAUUAAAAGAAAAGAGAGGCCUACUGAUAAAGGCGUUGCUUGGCUUGUUAAAACACAAUAUAUUUCUCCUUUAAGCAUGGAAUCGGCCAAACAGUCCUUGACUGAAAAACAAGCUAAGGAGCUGAGAGAGAGGAAGGGGGGUCGCAAUCUUUUGGAAAAUCUUAACAACAGGGAAAGACAAAUUAGGGAAAUUGAAGCAUCAUUUGAAGCAGCCAAGUCACGCCCUGUUCAUGCAACUAAAAAAGAUUUGUAUCCUGUUGAGUUCAUGCCAUUGGUGCCUGAUACGAAAAGGUAUAAAAAUCCGUUUGUUGUUGCUGCAUUUGAUAAUGCUCCAACAGCUGAUUCAGAAAUGUACAGGAAGUUGGACAAAUCUCUUUGUGAUAUCUCUGAAUCGAGGGCAGUUAUGAAAAGUUAUGUUGCAACAAGCUCAGAUCCUGAAAAUCCUGAGAAAUUUUUGGCAUACAUGGUCCCAACACCAGGAGAGUUGUCAAAGGAUAUAUAUGAUGAAGAUGAAGAUGUCUCUUAUUCUUGGGUUCGCGAGUAUCAUUGGGAUGUUCGAGGCGACGAUGCACAUGAUCCCACAACAUUCUUAGUUGCAUUUGAUGAUUCAGAAGCUCGAUUUUUGCCUCUUCCAACUAAACUUGUUUUAAGAAAGAAGAGGGCCACAGAGGGAAGAUCAGGCGAUGAGGUUGAGCAAUUUCCAGCUCCCUCUAGAGUGACUGUGAGGAAAAGAUCAAAUGUUGCUGCAAUUGAAGGAAAAGAUUCUGGGGUUUAUGCAAGCUCAAAGGGCAAUUCGUCAAAGAGCCUAGAAAUGGAUGACGAUCUCGACGACGACAAUAGAGAUGCAGAGCACCAGGAUAAUUUUCAAUCUAGUGGAGCAGAAGAUGACAUGUCCGAUUGA